GUAGCUGUGUGGGGAGGAAUGAGAAAAGGAGCGCUAGUGCAUCGUGGUCGCAGUAGGCCGGUGAAACAUCAACCAGAAAGGCCCCGAAGAGGCAAUCAAGACUGCUAUACAAGAAACAGAGGGUGAGUGUUAGUGUUAGUAAGAAGGCUGUUGUUAACACAUCUAAGGCAAUGUAUCGGUCGAACAUAUCAGGCGUGAUUAACACCGUGCUGGAGUUGGAAUUUGGAGACGGUCACAUUCGGGAAAUUCAAAAAACACCAUUCGCGGUUAUGGUAGACGCUAUUCGAGCUCACAAUCUAAAUCCGAAGUCGUUCCAAAAAUGCGACGCCACGGUGUGCCGAAUUAUCCAGACUUACAACCCAAAAGAUGAAAAGUUUCACAUCGGUGGAGCAAAGCUACCCUUGAGGAACAACGACAUUUGUUUGAUUUUUGGUGUACAAUGUGGAAAAGACAAGCUGAACUUGUCACGAGAUUAGAAAGGUCCUUCAGAUUUCAUGCAAAGGAGAUGCCCGAACGUUGGACGCAUGUCAUCCAAAGUUAUUAAGGAUCUGCUAAUGGAAGCAAUCCAUGGCCGCACUCUACAUGACGAAGAAGACAUGGCGAAGUUGUUGUGUCUUUACAUCUGUACAAAAUUAUUUUUUGCAACAACAAGCAAACAUAUAGGUUGGUCGUUUGUGCGUGUGAUUGACAAACUGGAGACGUUACAGCAGUACGACUGGGCUGCAACUAUCCGUAACACAGUAAUCAAUCUCUGAAUGAGAUGCACGGCAAGCCAGAGAGGGUAACAGGGUGUGUUAUGGUGCUGUUGUUUCUCAUAUGUGAACAUUCGACCAUAGUGACUCCGGAACGGCUUGAGUUGAUGCCAAGAUUUUGCCAAUGGAACCUUGGGACUGUCGCAGUGAAACUGAAAGGGAUAGACUUGAGGGCUGAAGGUUGUAUUGAGGUGCACUGCGAUAAACUUGUUGGGACAAUUAGAGAGUGUCAUAUUGUCAAACAUGAGCCGGUAUUGAUUGAUCGUACUGAAGGCUGCCAAAAUGUGAUGGAUGUGGAUCCAGUGACGGAGGGGGGAAAUGUGGAUCCUAGCUUCAAUUGUUGGCAGACAGAUUCAGCAGAUGGUGGACAUGUGAGGACAGAAUGAGUAGAUGUACAUGAGAAACACAACAACGGCACGCCGACUAGUAAGGAAAUGGUGGAGGGGAAAAAAAUGAGAUAUGGAGAAGUCUGGCCAGUAUUGUUUCCGGAUCUUCUAGAACUGUCAAGCACACCAGAGGGUGAUGCCGUUCGGCGAAAAUCAACAGGAAUGGAAGAUGAAUUGGAAAAUGUUAAAAUGAAAGUCACUUUGUUGGAGAGGGACAUUGAAAGUAAGUGCGCACGAGUACAUGAAUUAGAACAGCGUGUGGAAUCAAUGGAGAAGAUACUAGGGGCGCAGGCUGCUAAUAUGCUGAUAGGGUUUGAGCGUGUUCUCAGUAUGAAGGAUGCUGAGAUUGCACGCCUAACGAAGAUGGUCAAACAAGCAAACACGCGAAUAACCGAUUUGGAAGAUAGUCUUGAUGAUCGUGAGGUGCACAACGUUACGCAGUCCGUUGCGAACAGUGAGUCGAAUCAUCGGGGAGCUUGUAACAGUCGGUCGGGUGACAGUAAUGGAGCAGCUACGAUGACAAGUAGCGAUGUUGCGCAACAAUCAUCUUCUCAUGCAGGGCCGACCGAAGGCUUAGCCAGUCCCACGCACCAAGUUGUACAAAUAGAUAACUUGGGUGAAGAUGUGAGUAUUACUUGUGCCGAUGGGUAUGUAUGUUCGUCUGUUGCAAGGGAUGAUUGUAAGAGGAAUUCACGUAGCUUCCAGGCACUUCUAGAUGCGUGUGAUGGUUUGGAUGUUGAUGUUGAAGGCACAGAAGUUGUCUGUCGUGACAAGUCCAGCGAACCAAGUUCUGGACCGAAGAUUACGUCAAUGGUCAGACGUGUGAAAGAAGAGCCAAGGCGCGAGUACAGGCUGUGUGAUUACGAGUACCCCAACGUAUUUGGGAGGGUCAAACUGAGUGACAAAGUGAGGAUUUGUAAAUCAACGAAGCCAAGGGAGAUAUACACUGUCGAGGAUAUUGAUGUGGGACGUAAAACAUGGAAUGGUUUUGGAAUGACUUGGAGACACAUUGUGUGAGGCAUGUUGAAAGAUGAAGAUCGGAAGGUACUGGAGCAAUUGUAUAGCUUAGAAGGAGAUGGGUAAGUUCUUUGUUAAUUAAGUUGUCGUAUGUUAUCGUUUUAACGUUCAGUACAUUAUUAAUAUGUUUUGGUUUGUGGCGUACAGGUUAAUAGUAUGGGAUGGCGGUGAGAAUGGGAUACAAGUUCACUUCACUGACAUCAAAGAUUUGGUACAGGAGAACUCGAUUCAUGGCAAUGUAAUAGAUACGUACGCAGCUAUGUUGACAGACAUGCACAGGACGGUGUCAGGUAGAAGAGAAUAUAAAGGAACGGCAUAUGUGUACAGCAGCGUGUGCGCGGACAUGAUGCGUAACACAAGCGCUUUGUCACGAACAAAGUACUUAAACGUACACAUAAAGGCAGUGCGAGGUUCCAGAUACACUGUAUACCCAAUAUACCAUGCCAACCACUGGACUGUCAUGGUACACGAUACAGACAGCGGGGAUUAGAAACAUUACAACUCUUUGAAACCAAGACGUGGUGUGCGCGAUGAACAUUACAAUGAGGCUUUGAAAGUGAAACAGUGGGUGGCUUAACACCAUAAUGAUUUUGUGAAACCAAGAAUUCGAAAUCAUGAUGUUGAGGUAGAGGAUUUUAAUGGCACACUUACAUCUGUUGUGGAUUGUCUGAAACAAGCCCCAGAGUCGUCGGACUGUGGAAUCUUUGUGUGCUUCAUUAUUAGAUAGUGCAUCCGUGGAGCAGACGUCAACAACACGAUGGACGGCCUCACUCCCACUACUAUGCGCGUUGCUAUGGUGGAAAUUUUUUUAAGUUCCCCAGGAAAGGGACUACGUGCAAUAACAGCAGAAAAUAUGAUCAGCACCCCCUUUUUCAGUAGGAAUCGCACCCCCUAGAGUAGCAGUUAGGUUUUAGCUAGGCAGUUGGGAAAAAAUGUUAACCUAUGUGUGAAUAGUGCAUGUUUUGUGGCAUAUUUUUUGGGUUCUAGCAAAAAUCUGGUACAUUAUUAGCAUUGUGAAUGGUGUAUUAACAGGUUUUCCGACGGUAGUAUGGCCAGUUUUUUUUAGGUUUUGAUAGCUGAAUGAAACCAGUUUGCAAGUAAUUUAAACAAUAGCUCUUUUUGAAUAAAAUAGAUUGGCAAAGUUAAACUACACAUAUAUCUGGUGGAUCUACAUUGUUAAUGAUACGUGUGUUACAUUGUUAGGCAACAUUGAUAGGCCACAUUGUCCACGCUACAUGACUGUCACAUUGUCAACCUACAAGAAGGCUAGAUAGAACUGCAAAAUACCUGUGUAUUAUGAAUUGGGGUCCUGUAAAUUUUGCUAAACUUUGCCUAUCAUAUAUUGACUUGUGUAGUUGUUCAUUA